CGACUCCAACUGGGCUGCAAUUUCAGGCUUUAGGACCUAGAUAGGUUCCUCCCCCCUGAAUACCCUGGGCGGGACCGGCCUGGGAGGAAGAUUCCAGUGCAGAGAUUUAAUGCUCUGAGAAGAACCGGGCAUGACGAUUCCUGCAGCUGUUUCAUGCAACUCUCUGUCCAACCGUUACAUACAUUAACUUCACAUACAGCAGAUCAGCGCUGGGGGAUCUAUCUAUCUAUCUGCAAGCAGCUUGAGGACAACCUGCUGGAUUAUUGAAAGAGCCAAACAAGAGAUGUGGGUGACAAACCUGGUAUCCCUGGUCCUCGUGGCCACUUCAGCUUCAGCUGCUACCGCGGCUUCAAAAGACAAAGUCCUGAGUACCCACGCCACCCUCCUGGCCGACAACAGCGCCAAGCUGGCUUUCAGUCUCUACCAAAACAUGGCGAAGGAGAAGAAUGUGGAAAACAUCCUGAUUUCCCCUGUAGUAGUGGCCUCCUCUCUGGGUCUGGUGGCUCUGGGGGGUAAAGCCUCCACCGCCUCUCAGGUAAAAACGCUUCUGAACGCAGCUAAAGUUAAAGACGAGCAGCUGCACUCGGGUCUGGCAGAGCUCCUGACGGAGGUGAGUGACCCGAAGACCCGAAACGUCACCUGGAAGAUUAGCAACCGCCUGUACGGACCCAGCUCCGUCAACUUUGUGGAGGAUUUUGUCAAGAGCAGCAAAAAGCACUACAACUGUGACCACUCCAAGAUCAACUUCAGAGACAAGAAGACUGCUCUGAACUCCAUCAACGAGUGGGCCGCCAAGUCUACGGAUGGCAAACUGCCCGAGGUCACCAAGGACGUAGAGAAGACUGACGGGGCCAUGAUCAUCAAUGCUAUGUUCUUCAAACCUCACUGGGAUGAGCAGUUCCACCAUCAGAUGGUUGACAACCGUGGAUUUAUGGUUUCCCCUAGCUUAACUGUUUCAGUACAGAUGAUGCACCGCACAGGUAUUUAUGGCUUCUAUGAGGACAAAACCAACAAGUUAAACAUCCUGAGCAUGCCUCUGGCUCAUAAGAAGUCCACCGUGGUGUUCAUCAUGCCGUACCAUGUGGAACCACUGGAGAGACUGGAGAAGCUGCUGACCACCAAGCAGCUGGACACGUGGACGGGGAAGCUGCAGCAGACAGCUGUAGCCGUGUCUCUGCCCAAAGUCAGCAUGGAAGUCAGCCACAACCUGCAGAAACAUCUUGGGGAGUUGGGCCUGACGGAGGCUGUGGAUAAAUCCAAAGCCGACUUGUCCAAAAUCUCUGGGAAGAAGGAUCUGUACCUGGCCAGCGUGUUCCACGCCUCGGCCAUGGAGUGGGACACGGCCGGGAACGAAAUGGACACCAGCAUCUUCGGCACAGACAAGCUGAAGAACCCCAAACUGUUCUACGCCGACCACCCGUUCAUCUUCUUAGUGAAGGACCAGAAAACCAAGUCCAUCCUGUUCAUCGGCAGGAUGGUGAGGCCAAAGGGAGAUAAGAUGAGAGAUGAGUUGUAACCACAUUAGUAUAAUGUCCGACUGUGUGUAAAAGUUUAUAUUUUCUAGAGACGUUGGAAAUGAAAAGCACGUUUCAUAUCGCAUUCCUUCAUGCAUUCCACAACAAACACGUAACUGAGGAGAUGUGUUUCAACAUUUUAUCCAGUGUUUUAACGAGCAAACAUCGCUUCAUUUGGUAACACUUUACAAUAACCAACUAAGUAAUGUUUAUAGAUGGUUUAUAGACCAAUUAUUAACCAUUUACAAAGUGCUACACAUAUUUAAUCUUUAAAUGUUUUCAACCAAUUUCUUAUUUCGAGAAAAUAGUUGCAAAUUUACUAGAUUAAAGUGGCAAAUCUACUAGAAAAAAAAAAAGUUGCAGAUUUACGAGAAAAAAGUGGAAAAAAAACAACUUUUUUCUCACAUAUUCACCACUUUAAAUCUCAUGAAUCUGCACAUUUUUCUCGUAGAUUUACCACUUUAAUCUCAUCUCCACUUUUUCCUCAAAAUAUUACCCCCCUUCCCCGGAUCCGUAUGUUUCUUGUUUUUUUUUUUUUACACAUUCUGGCAGUAUGUUAUAUCCUCCAAUAUUCUCUAGGGUUGAAAUUUGGAGUUUGCAAGUAUUUCAAUGAGUGCCCUAUUAUAAGGGUUAAGAGUCUAUGAAUCAUUUCAAAAUCAUUAACAUACUCAAUAUGGUGUUAAACAUGUUAUAAUGAGUGCAACUAAAACUACUAAUAAACUAUUAAUUAUAAUUUAUUGUUUUUUUAAUGUUAAAGUAACUAUAAACUUACAUUAAUAUUCCAUCUAUUUGCCAUUUAUAAAUGAUUUAGUUAGUUAAACAUUAAUAAAAAUAUGUAUUUACCAUUCUGAAUGGCCUAUAUAUGGUUUAUAAAUGAUGAUUAAACAUUAAUAAACUAUCUGUUUACCAUUUAUAAAUGAUGGUUAUUGUAAAGUGUUAACCUUCCUUUUUAUCUUGAAGAACAUUUGACAUUACUAUGCAGCCUUUUGUUUGAAUUGGCAGAUCAGGUAUGAUUUCCCUGAUUGUUUUUUACAACCGCUAUGACCCGUUGUUCAAUACUUUUACCGCUUUUCAAAAAUCUUCACACAGUUACCACAACAUCAGCCUGUGUGGGCGAUACAAUUAACACAAUUCUUCUUCUUUUGACACAAAAUACACACAUUUUACACGUUUAAAAUGUGUUUUAACUCCUUUAAAACACAAGCUCAAUCAAGACCAAAACAGUAGAUCACACAGUUUAUCAAAACAGAAAACCUCAUGUUCAAAACUAAUGGAUUGAAGAUUACAUUGAUCACAGCUUCUGCUCCUUUUUCUUUUUGUGUAUUUGACAAUACAGUAAUGAAUGACAGCUAAAUGCUGAUUUUUUUUUUCAUUUGCAAUACAGUAAAGUGUUUCCUGCAAAUCCUGUCAUUUACAGUACUGUCUUCU